AUGUUCUUGACCUUGACCCUCCCCAGGCUCAAUGAAUCCCGAGCCAAGGUUGAUAAUCUCAGUGAGAUUCUUUCCGAGAAAGAAGAGCUGCUUGCUGAGAAGGAGGAGCUCAUUGCAAAGCAGGACACUGAGCUGGUUCAAGCCAAGCAGGACUUAUCGAACCUUCAGGCACAGCACAACGCCGCGCUCGGUACUUUGGGCAUGGUCAACCAGUUGAUGACUACUAGUAAUCAGACUAUGGCCAUGCGCAAGGACUUUGUCAACAACAUUCGGACGAUGCUCAGCACGUUUUUCAGCUAUUCAUCAAGACGACUCAGGAGAUUUACAUACAAGCUUCCCUCAACUCUAAAGGAGGCUUGUGCUGAGCUGGAGGCCUUGAGGGAAACUCUUGGCCCUAUUGUCGCUCUUUGUGACCAGUUCUCCAAGUGGGGAAUGUUCGAUGGAAAGAAGGAAGCCCUGAAGAAUGAGCUUGAAGUCAAGCAGCAAAUGCACAAGGAUGGUCCGUGUACUCGCCUGGAAGAGAGCGUUUGCUACCUCAAGACGAAGGCCGAGUGCCAGUACCUUCAUGCGGUCAGCAAGAUGUUGGAUGGUGCUGUUUCCAAGAAGAAGCAGGAACUUGAGAUGGUCACUCAAGAGCUCGAGCUUACUAAACAGAAGCUGCAAGCGCAGCGUUUCUCUGGCCACAAGUCUAGCCUCAGCCCUCUGGCUAGUAAGUCCAGGCUUGUCGAUGACCCUGAGUUGCAUUCUUAUGAUCAUGUUUACCUUGACUGUGCCUGGCCCAUGUCGAAGAGCAACGGUCGCCCUCAGCGCCAGUAUUUCUCAGGCUGCGGUAUGAAGACUGCGACCAAUAACUCUCAUAAUGAUGACUGGGGCUGUGACAAAGACACCGACGCUGUCUCAUGA